AUGGACCACCUGGACAACUCCACCCAGUCUUCCACGCACUCCCCUUUUAGUGCACAGGCGGCGCAAAGUGGCGGAAACGCGUACUUGUACAUUUUAAUCGUCAUCUCUUUCUACGGAGUCUUUCUCUGCGGUAUCAUGCUGGGUUACUUCCACUCCAAAAGGAAGGAGAAGAGGAGGACCAACAUUUUCACGCGCCUCGUGCACGAGGAGGAGCAGCGGGAGUGGGGCGCGCUUCCCAAGAAGCACAGCCUCUCUUUUGGGGCGGAGGCCGCCGCGGGAGCGCGCUCGUUCAACCUGGCUUUGCCGUUCUGCGCUAACCACGGAAACCCCUUUGGACAUCUUCGCCACGAGGGGGUGCUGCCCUCUCCGCUCGCGUGCGCGCUCUGCACGGAACAAAGCAGCGUCAGCUCCCUAUGCUCCUCAGCGGACACGCGCUUGGCCAUCGAGGAGGAGGAAUCGGACAGCGGCACUGGGGAAGGUCCGGAUGAAACCCCCAAGGGGCCAGUGGAAAACGUUGGGGAAGACUCGGGCUGA